AAGGAACAUGUACUGUGACUUCUUACAUGCUAUUAUCAGGAGGCCUUCGAUUUUGGUAGCAUAAAGUUAGGUGAUUCCUUUUUGUGUGAUUCAUGCAUUUCAGUUGAAAUUGAAUCAUGGAUGUUGCUGCUCGAAUUACAGUGCGAGAUCGCGAGCGAGAUCUUCUGGCUGAAAGAUGCCAGAAGAAGUUCCAAGAUUUCCUGGAACAGUUCAAGAACCUGGAGAAACCAGACGAACUCAUGUAUCUUCCACAAGCGAAGGAGUUGCUUCAAGUUGAAAGGAACACGCUGUUUGUUGAUUUCAACAACUUGCUAGACUUCGAUUCUGAUCUGUGCACUUUAAUCCAAGAAGAGUUUUAUCGAGUACAAUCUGCUCUUUCUCAUGCUGUGACGAAUUUUGUGAAUGACCAUGUUGAACAUCUGCCUCCGAAAAAGGAAUUGUAUGCGGCGUUCGAGAAUGUGCCGGCAAAGAUGAAUCUGAGAGAGUUGAACAGUGCAAAAAUUGGCAGUCUGUUGUGUGUUAGUGGACAAGUCAUCAGGACUCACCCUGUGCACCCUGAGUUGAUCUCAGGCGCAUUCAAAUGCAGUGAUUGCAACAGUUUCAUUCCAAAUGUCACUCAGCAGUUCCGCUACACCCAGCCUACUAUAUGUACUAAUCCACAGUGUCAGAAUAGAAGACGAUUCGCGCUGGACAUUGAGCAAUCGAAGUUCGUGGACUUCCAGAAAGUGCGAGUCCAGGAAACUCAAGCGGAGAUUCCUUUGGGCAGCAUACCCAGAAGCAUGGAGAUUAUCAUGCGCGGCGAGAUAGUGGAGACUUUGCAGCCUGGAGAUCGAUGUGACUUCACUGGAUGUUUGAUCGUGGUUCCAGACGUGGCCCAGUUCAGCUCCGGCCAGUCGGGUGCCCAGUCGGGAGAUGUGAAGAAGAAGAGCGAUGGAUACGAGAAUGAAGGAGUCAGGGGUCUCAAGUCCCUGGGAGUGCGAGACCUCACUUACAGAAUCGCAUUCCUGGCGUGUAACGUGGCCUCAUCUCACCAGCUGUUCGGAGGGAAGUCGACCUCUCUUCGGGACGAAUGGGCGGCAGAGGAGAUGAGUGCAGAGAAACUGAAAGCUAGCAUGACAGAAGCCGAAUGGGAGAAGAUCUACGAGAUGAGUCAGGACCCGAAGCUGUUCGACAACCUCAUCCAAUCCAUUUUCCCAUCUAUCCACGGUAACCAGGAAGUCAAGAGAGGUGUCGCUUUAAUGCUGUUUGGAGGAGUGCCCAAAACUACAGCCGAAGGGACAACAUUGCGAGGAGAUAUCAACGUCUGCAUUGUGGGAGAUCCAAGUACUGCCAAGAGUCAGAUCCUCAAGCGGGUCGAGGAGAUCACCCCACGUGCAGUCUACACCUCAGGAAAGGCGAGUACUGCGGCUGGUCUGACUGCGGCAGUGGUGAAGGACGAGGAGUCUUUUCAGUUCGUGAUUGAAGCAGGAGCUCUCAUGUUGGCAGACAACGGAGUCUGCUGCAUUGACGAGUUCGACAAGAUGGACUACAAAGAUCAGGUUGCUAUCCACGAAGCUAUGGAACAGCAAACAAUCUCCAUAACUAAGGCCGGUGUAAAGGCAACUCUGAACGCAAGAGCUUCUAUUCUAGCGGCCGCUAAUCCUAUCGGAGGCCGUUACGAUCGAAAAAAGACGCUCAAACACAACAUCAACCUCUCGGCCCCUAUCAUGAGUCGAUUUGAUCUGUUUUUUGUUCUGGUGGACGAGUGUAUUGAGACUAUGGAUUAUGCAAUCGCGAGGAAGAUAGUUGAUAUGCAUGGGUUGCAAGAGAUUGAACAAGUGAAAACCCCGUACACUAUUGAGGAGGUUCAGAGGUACAUCUGCUUUGCCCGACAGUUCAAACCCAAGAUCAGUUCCGAGGCUCAGAAAUUCAUGGUGGGAGAGUACAGACGACUGAGACAGAGAGAUUGUGUGUCGGGUUCGAAGAGUUCAUUCAGGAUCACUGUGAGACAGCUGGAGAGUAUGGUUCGACUGUCGGAGGCCAUGGCAAGACUCUUCAUCACUGACUACGUCAAACCAAUACAUGUCAAAGAAGCAUUCAGACUACUCAGCAAGAGCAUAAUUCGCGUGGAGCAGGGCGAAGUAGAGUUAGACAUGGAAGCCUCGUCAUUGGAAAAUGCGACCUCAGCUGAAGCCAAUUCUGCCUCUUCUGAAGCAUCGGCUGCUACUGACCGUCAGAGCGAGCAGCCGAACCAGACUGGUAUUACAACAACAGUCGACCAGCAGUCGGUUAAGAUUAAGUACGAAGAGUAUAGGAAGAUUAUGAAUGUACUGUUGCACAGACUGAGGAAAUUAGAGGAGGAAGCAGAAGCGGCGGCUGCUGAAAAAGUUGGCUCCAACGAAGGAGGCGAAGAACAGGAUGCGAUGGAUACCGAAACGGGCACAACGACUGCUACAGUCGAGGAGACAGCAUCUAUGCGUGACGGACAGACAGAUGGUGCCGCUUCGGCAGGUUCCGAAGGAGGAGCAACCCAGGAAGACUUCAGCGACAUCGGAGGAAGUAAAAAGAGCGAGUUGGUCAACUGGUACCUCGAGAGCAUUUCGGACGAGAUCGAGACUGUUGCCGAUCUUGAACUGUGGAAAAUGAAGAUAGAAAAGAUCAUUUCGCGACUUAUUGAUCAUGAACAUGCGGUCAUUGCAAUCGUGCCAACGGAGGUAACGCCAGGCGACGGAACCGUAGAUGCCGGCGAGGAUCCGUUCUUAGUUGUUCAUCCCAAUUUUGUGGUCGAAGAGUAAACAAUACAUGCUGCUUUUGAGAAGAAUAGGGGCGAUGUUUUUGAAAUGUUUCUAAACUUGAACUUUGUGUUUGUCAUUGAAAAUAUGCUCUAGUGAAAUGAUAGCCUUUUUGCAUUUAAGCUUUUAAGUAUUAUGAAGUUCUUGAUGCCAAUAUUUGACGUUUGUUUUUUAACAUCUAAUUGUGUGCAAUAAUUUUUAUACGCCCUUUUUGAAUGUGAUAGCCAGCAACUAAUAAUGAUUCAACUAAUCAGAAUUAAAAAUUGAAA